CCCAGCCGAUGCGCCCUAACAGCUAAUGGUGCAAUUGACUAAAGGCGGGGAGAAAGAGGAGGAGGAGGAGCAGGAAUGGAUUAGAAUGAAAACAGAUCAGUCAAUGGAUUUGGACUCCGGAGAUCAUCUGACUUGAGUUAACAAACCCCAACUGGAUUUCAAAGUGUGGGAGAGAGAGAAAAGUUUCUUUUCCCCUCCCCCUUGGUAUGCGCGUGUGUGUGUCUCCCCCCCCCCUUUCUUUUUUAACUUUCCUCUUGCGGUGGUGGGAGAAAACAGAAAUCUCCUCUUUCUCCUCCCCCUGCUCCUUCCCUUAACUUCUCCUCGUCCGCGAGUGUUGAUGUCCUGCGCUGGGAUGAUGGAUGGCAGGAGGGCAGAAACCCGCCAGCAGCCGAGGCUCGCCGCACUUUGGUAAACUCGCCCUGCUCCCAGCCUGCCGGAGGAUCCUCGGCGGAGGGGGAGUGGGGGGUGGAAAGCAGCAGGCGCCGCGAGUUGGAGUAGCUACAGCUGCCGCUCUUUUGGAAGGACCGGGGGGUGGCAAGCCGGGCACAAAAGGACGGGAACCGAAUCGCCCUCGCCCCCCCGCUCCGCCCCCGGCACUCGUGAAGCGGAGGAUGGGGAGUUGGAUGGGCAGCCCUGCUCUGGAGCCGGAGCCCUCGCUGGCCGCCUGAAAACUUCUCUGCGGGACUGAGAAGCUGGAAUAUGCAUAUCUAAGAUGGAAACAUCCACCUCAAGUGCUGCUGGGAAAAAAGAAGGGAAAAGCACUCUUCUGGAGGGCAAUGGCUUUACUGACACAGGGAAGAAAACAGCUCCUUUAGCAGCAACCGCAGUGGCACAAGGAGUUCCACAGCAUAUUUUUCCAGCCUUCCAUGCUCCUUUGCCAAUUGACAUGCGUCACCAGGAGGGAAGAUACCAUUAUGAACCUCACUCCAUCCAUACUAUUCAUGGACCUCCUGCUCUGAGUGGUAGCCCUGUUAUCUCUGACCUCUCUCUCAUCCGUCUUUCUCCACAUCCCACGGGACCUGCAGAAUCACCUUUCAACUCUCCUCACCCGUACAUGAACCCCCACAUGGAACACUACCUCCGAUCCAUGCACAGCAGCCCUACCCUGUCCAUGAUCUCAGCCGCUAGAGGUCUCAGCCCAGCUGACAUAGCACAUGAGCAUCUGAAAGAAAGAGGUCUUUUUGGCCUUCCCCCUCCUCCACCAGGAGCCAACCCUGCGGAUUACUAUCACCAGAUGACACUCAUGGCCAGCCAUCCAAAUCCUUACGGGGACCUCCUCAUGCAGAGUGGGGGAGCAGCCAGUACAACACACCUUCAUGAUUACCUCAGCCCUGUAGACGUGUCAAGAUUCUCUAGUCCAAGAGUGACGCCGAGAUUAAGUCGAAAAAGAGCAUUUUCCAUAUCUCCAUUGUCUGAUGCCAGCAUUGAUCUUCAGACAAUGAUUCGAACUUCUCCCAAUUCCUUGGUAGCUUAUAUAAAUAACUCCAGAAGUAGUUCUGCGGCAAGUGGAUCUUAUGGGCAUUUAUCAGCAGGGGCAAUCAGUCCAGCAUUCACCUUCCCCCAUCCUAUCAAUCCAGUGACAUAUCAACAGAUUCUGAGUCAGCAAAGAGGCCUGAGUUCAGCAUUUGGACAUACACCCCCCUUCAUCCAGCCAUCGCCAAUAUUCCCUGCACGGCAGCAUGUGGCGGUCAUCUCUGUCAAUUCUACGCCUUCUCAGAUCAGCAACAGCAGCAAUUGCAUAGCUGAGUCCAACCAGAGCAAGCAGAGCAGCGAGUCAGCUGUUAGCAGCACUGUCAAUCCAGUAAUUAACAAACGCAGCAAAGUCAAGACCGAAAUGGAAACCCUGCCACCAGUUUCCCCACCUACUCAGGAGCAUCUGACAGACUUGAAAGAAGAACUUGAUAAGGACGAAUGUAAACAGGAACCUGAUGUUGUUUAUGAAACCAACUGUCACUGGGAAGGGUGUGCAAAGGAGUAUGACACUCAGGAGCAGCUGGUCCAUCAUAUCAAUAAUGAUCACAUUCAUGGGGAGAAGAAAGAGUUUGUUUGUCGCUGGCAAGACUGUACACGGGAGCAGAAGCCAUUCAAAGCUCAAUACAUGCUGGUCGUCCAUAUGCGAAGGCACACAGGAGAAAAACCACAUAAGUGCACAUUUGAGGGUUGCUCCAAAGCUUAUUCCCGGCUAGAGAACUUAAAGACACACCUGAGAUCUCACACUGGAGAAAAACCUUAUGUCUGUGAACAUGAAGGCUGCAAUAAAGCUUUUUCGAAUGCUUCUGAUCGAGCAAAACACCAGAACAGGACGCAUUCCAAUGAGAAACCCUAUGUCUGCAAAAUUCCAGGCUGCACAAAAAGGUACACAGACCCUAGUUCUCUCAGAAAACACGUGAAGACUGUGCAUGGGCCAGAGGCACAUGUCACCAAGAAACAGCGCAACGAUGUUCACCUGAAACCGCCUGCACUUAAAGAAAAUAGUGACAACGAAGCAAGUGCCAAGCAUAGUGGCAAAGCUGCAGAGGAGAAUGCUGAGGCAAACAGCACCACCAGAGGGACAGAGGACUGUUUACAAGUCAAAACAAUAAAAACAGAGAAUUCUGUGAUGUAUCAGUCCAGUCCUGGUGGCCAGUCCUCAUGCAGCAGUGAACCAUCGCCACUUGGGAGCACCAACAACAAUGACAGUGGAGUAGAAAUGAACAUGCACAGUGGAGGAAGUCUGGGGGACCUGAGCGCAUUGGAAGAUGGCACUCCUGUUGUGGACUCAACAGUUUCAUCUGGAAACGCGACAGUCAGCCUUCAGCUAAGGAAACACAUGACAACCAUGCAACGCCUUGAGCAGCUCAAGAAAGAGAAACUCAGGACAGUGAAGGAUUCUUGCUCAUGGGCAAAUCCAGCACCUCUAUCUAGAAACACCAAGCUACCUCCCAUCCCAGGCAACGGCUAUCCACUGGACAACAUGGGUGGUUCUUCUGCAGCACUGCCUAACCCAAGGAUGACAGAGUUGUCUGUCAAUGAGAUCACGAUGUUGAAUCAACUAACUGAACGUCGUGAUAGCUCAACCAGCACCAUCAGCUCUGCCUACACAGUCAGUCGCAGGUCAUCUGGGAUAUCCCCUUAUUACUCCAGCCGUCGCUCCAGUGAAGCCUCACAAUUUGGAAACCGUCCAAACAACACAAGUUCUGCUGAUUCGUAUGACCCAAUUUCCACAGAUGCCUCACGCCGAUCAAGUGACGCCAGCCGAUGUAGUGGGAUCCAGGGUCUUCUGCACCUUACACCAGUUCAGCAGUACAGACUGAAAGCGAAGUAUGCGGCAGCCACGGGUGGCCCUCCACCCACACCAUUGCCUAAUAUGGAAAGAAUGAGUCUAAAGAACAAAAUCUCCCUUCUUGAUGGGUCAGAGCCUUCUUUGCCCUCAUUUCGCCACCUUCCUGGGCCGCGGCGUUGCAGUGACAGUAAUGCUUAUGGGUAUGGAGCACCACCUGCAUUCCCUCAUGAAGUUAUGGGCAAUAAUGCAAGGCGUGCAAGUGAUCCAGUGAGGAGACCUGCUGAAGACCCUUCUUCCCUUCCUAGAGUCUACCGUUUCAAUAGCACCAACAAUAUGAAUCCUCUUCACUCUCCUUUGGACCGAAGGAACGUCAACCUUUCAAACUACACACGCUCAGAUGGGAGCCUCACCAGGCACAUGUAUUCCCCCAGGCCACCAAGUAUUAGUGAGAAUGUUGCCAUGGAAGCAAUGACUGGUGAGACAGAGGGUUCUGUUGGAGAUGAUGACAUAGUACUACCUGACGAUGUAGUACAAUAUAUCAAAUCACAAAACAACAGGAUGGCUUCAGACAAUUCCUCUGUAGGGUUUGGUAAUGAGAUGCAGAGCUUCCAAGUGAAUGCAAAAGUACAACAGAACAGCAUGCUAAACCAACGCAGAAUGGCUGUCUCAGAUAUGAGUAUGAAUCAUUCCACCCCAGUGAUGGGGGAGUGUCAAAUAAACUUUGGUACGUCCUCCAACAUGUGUAAAAACAUGCCUGUCCAAUGGAAUGAGGUUAGCUCAGGUACUGUUGAUGCAACCUCUGCUCAAGCAAAACAACAAUUUUCACCCCGGAAUUUAGCUGUAGUCCAUCAGAAGCACAACUUCAGCCAGUACCAGAACUACAGCCAUCAGCAGAUGCAGACGGGUCAAAACAUGGAUGCAAACCUGCAGCAGUUUAUGCACAAGAAUGGUCACAUGGAUGGACAAAAAUUAAACUGCAUGCACUUAAGGCAGCAACAAGCAAAUCUAAAUCCUAAUAACAAUCCAGAUUUGAACUCAUGUGAAGGAUACAGCCAGGUUCAUCAAAUGCUGAGCCCAAACACAAUGAAUAGUGAUCUCAGUCAGCUUUCCACUCCUUGUAACAACAUAAUAAUGAAACCUUCAUCCCGUGUUCUUCCUCAACCGAUGGAUUCUAUGGCUGAUCCAAAUUUGAUAGUCGGUGGCAACAGAGAAUGUACAAUGCACGGUCAGGUGAUACAAGAAUCAGGGCAGAGCUUUUCAUCUCAGCCAACCCUCCUGAACUUCUCAGUGGCACAGGAAGUGUUCCAUCAGCCUUCUGCAAAUCAGACAAAUUUUGAGCCACAGCAGGAUAUAAGUACAUUUGAACAGAGCUUUGCUUCUGGUGUAGUACAGCCUCACCCUCCACCUAAUCCCAGUCCAGCAAACAGAUACCGAGGUAUACGUGCUAUGCAACAGUUUGGUUACAUGAGAACACCUCAUCCACCUGCUGAUGUGAGCCCAGGACAGAAUAGGGCAGAGGCUACCCCUAACAGAAUAAAUGGUAUGGAAUCAUCUCAGCCUCAGCCUUGUAACAGCAGUAUGAGGGAAAGUCAACUGAUGCACUAUUAUGGUCAAAUACACAUGUAUGAACAAAAUGGAAAUGUUAAUAACCAUGCAGACUGUAGUGUAAGACAGCAGCAGUGUGCAUUAAAUGUCAAGUCAGCCACCAUGCCCUCUCCUGGAGCUAAUCAGGUUUCAAGCACUGUGGACUCACAAGUUAUGGAGCCUCCUCAGAUAGAUUUUGAUGCCAUCAUGGAUGAUGGUGACCAUUCAAGUCUGAUGUCAGGAACCCUGAGUCCUAGCAUUCUGCAGAACCUGUCCCAGAACUCUUCUCGCCUUACUACUCCCCGAAACUCUCUGACUCUGCCCUCUAUCCCAGCUGGAAUUAGCAAUAUGGCAAUCGGGGACAUGAGCUCUAUGUUGACCACCUUGGCUGAGGAGAGUAAAUUUCUUAACAUGAUGUCUUAAUGCUUAAAGCACAACUGUCUAGAAGUAUCCUGGAGAUUAUAUGCUAAGCAAUUUUAUGAAUGUGCUUUUAAAAAAAUCCAUAGAGUAGAUUUUUUACAAGUAUUAAAUACAUUAAAGGGAUUCCAAUUAAGGGGGGGAAAUGUCUUUGUACAAACAUGUACUAUAUAAACUAUAUAAAAGAAGCACUGAAAGGAUGCACCUCUCUCUAGUAUUAUUUUUGUGCGUAUUUUUCAGAGUGCUCAAAAAUAUUACCAUAUUACUAGAACAUACCUCUCAAGAGUCCCUCUUCAUAAAAGACAGGCCACAUUUGACAUCAUUUUUAAAAUGUUAUUUCCUUCUCCUCUUCCCCUUGUUCAGUGUUUCAAAUGUUCUCUACUUUUCAAUGUGGAAAACAGAUGGGACUUUGCCAAAUGUGGAAACCUAGAAAGCUGUGUGCUAAAAUAUUGCACUAUGGUGUUAAAGACAAAUCUCUCUCUCUCUCUCUCUCUCUCUCUCUCUCUCUCUCUCUCUCUCUCUCUUGUAAAAAGCACAUUUUACCAUCUCCUUUUUAUUUUCCUUUAGUUAUUGCUGCAAAAAUGCAAUUUCUCACCCUUUCUUGUGACAAACAGACGGGUAUCAUUUUGACCUAAAUGCAAAAAAGCCAUACUGUGUCUGCUUGAUGCUUUAGUGCUUUGCUUGUUGGCCAGAAGUGUGCACACAUGUGAACACACAGCAUUGUUUAUAGAGCCAAUAUAGCUGUUGGUCCCUUGCAGCUUAGCCGAGAAGCAUCAGCUCCUGAACAGUUUUGCAGCAAAGUGCCUUAUUAUGUGUUCGUUGUUCAAUCACCAAGGCAUCUCUUGUCCAUUAACGUCAAAUAAAGUGUAUUGCCAGAAGUAUAUAUAAAAUAAAGGUACUUUUAUACAAGGCAUUGUAGUAUUGCUAAAAGACAUUUGAGGGGUCACAUUGAUGGGGAGAUGAUGUGAAAGAUUAAUGCCCCAUUUCUUUUUAUCAGAGGGUUUUUACAAGGUAGUUUAUAUCAUGGAGAAGAUAGUGGAGUCUUGAAAAUGCCGCUAAUUUAAAAUAUGUCUAGUAGGAGAAAGGUCUUUGCCAUAUAUGGUUUCUUAAAGAGCAUGGGUCAAUCUUUGUUUACAUUGACUUCACAUUGGAAGUUGAAGGUAAAAAGAGACUGGGUGCAACAGAGUUCAUUAAUAAGAGGUGAACCAUGUGAUGGUGCAAAAGUUUGUAUAGGACACAAACUCAUGUCACAAUUUAUUUCCAUCCUGAGAACCUUCUCUUUGUCAAUUGUGCAGUAUAUAAAUGACUUAUUGUGCAGAUGUGUGACACAGGAGUAAAUUUUGGUAUGGGUGUGGGCUCAGAAAGUUCUUAGUGGCCUUUAGCAGUCACUAUUUCUCAGCCUCCCAUCCUUCACGAGGUGGUUGUAUUACUAAAAACACUACUCUGAUGUCCUUCGAGGGGGAGCAGGACACCUACCUAGCUCAAGUGGACCUGCCCCUCAUAAACCACACUAUUGCUAUCUUCCCCCCACAUCUAGCUAACUGGAAGCAUUGUUUUAAACGUGCUAACAAUUCCAAGAUGAGACAAUUUAAGGACCAGCUCUCCAACUGGACAAAUCUGUGAGAAUGGCAAGACGUGAAGGAGGGCAGCUGCUUUGGAGGGCUUAUGAAGCUCACAAAAGUAAGAUGUGUAAAUCCAUGUAUGUGCAUAAAGGGAGUCAGUCUAUUCAAGCAUGCAUCAUUGGCUCAAAACAUGUAUAUAUCAUUAUAUCAAUAACCUGUAGCUGUUUUUACUGUGCAUUUUGCUUGAACAUAGUCCUGAAACAUGAGAAAACAUAAUGUACAGUAAAUUCUCUGCUUUGUAUAUUGACAAUGAUAUUUGGCCAUCAUGUAUGGCUGAAUGAGAAACUGACAAUAUUAAUAAAACCAAUUCUGUCAAAUUUUGUUACAGAAGGUUGAUCUGGGUUGCAUUCCCAUUUUUAUCAUUUAAAAUUUGAGUUUGCAGUUCAACAACCCCCAUUCAAUUGUCUGUGGAACUCAGCAGUGACAGAAUCUAGCAGAUGUGUGAUGUGUAGCAAGUAUGCAUAUGCAGCCACUAUCAUUUGUGCAAUCAUGAUAGCUCAUAUUCCCCACACAGAGCACUGAUUCAUAUAAAAGACAGGCAAUGUGAUCCUUGUUGUCCUGCAACUUGCUGCAGGCAUCAUACAUAAUUCCAUAAACCAGUACCUAUAUUAAUUAUUGCUAUGGCAAAAUGAUCCUAGGAUAACUUAUUUACAGCAAUUUGGUGUGGUGAACCUUUCAUUUGAAAGCAAGUUUAGUUUUUUAAAAUCCAUAACAUAGGAAAUUCUAGGUCCCAUUCCCUCCCACCCACACGCACGCGCACACACACAAAACCCCUUAGGCUCGUCAUGCAAAAACAGCAGGGAAAUUUACCUUGAUAUUGACUUUGAUGUGUCAAAAGUUAACAGGAGAACAACUGGGUGAUUAGAAAUAUGGUGUGUUUUUAAAUGGUACUUUAAACCAAUUUAUGAUCCCCAAAUAUAUGUAUUUUUUGUUCUUGUUCACAAAGGGUUAAGCAAGAUCUAACUAAAAAUAUUAGGGUCUUCUGAGUAAUGCAUUCUGUUGGUGCUCUGAACGAGCGUCAACAAUCUCAUCCCUUAGUUAGGUCUAACUAUGGGCCUAGUAAGGACUGAUGUGGAAAUUAUGGGCCUAUUCGCAGGGCCAUGAUUCUAGAGUGCAUUUAAAAUGUUACAGAAUGGCUUGGUUGGAUGAACUACAAUCACUGAGCUCAGCCAGAGUUCUCCUGACAUGGAAUGAACUAAGUCCCAUGAAUCAACUCAUCAGAACUCUACCUACUGGCAAAGUGUCUUAUUCUAUGGAUGUAUGUAGAUACAAUAGUUUAUGAGCUGAGUAUGUACAUGUGUAAAAGACACAGACAUCUAAUCUCCAAUUGCCCAUAACUUUCUUCAGCUUUACAAAGGUGGUCUUCCUUUAUUUACUGUAAUAGUAUUAUAACAACCAUACUGGUGCUGUAUAUAUUCUGUAUAGUAGACAUUAUUAAUAAGAGUAUUGUAUCUCAAAUGUUCUGUCUUUAUAUCUUAAGGACCUUUUUAGCUUCUUUUUUUACAUCAUAAGGAUCCCAGUCAUAUGCUGAAACUGUAUAUAAUUGUUUUGUACAUUAAAAUAUUUCUUUUUCAUAA